UUUCUUCACCGUGGGUUUGCUUUUUCUCCAAGCUACAGUUUGGUGAACAAAUGCCGCAGACCCGGCGAGGAGCGUGAAACGCAGCUGAUGAGAGCUGCUGAUUUGGGUCCUGGGGCCCGGCGGUGGCCUGGGCUGGAGGAGGAUGGAGCUGGUCACUACAUUUCCCCCUUCCAUGAUAUCCCUCUCAGGGUUGGCGCUGAAAAGGAAAAUGGCAUUCCUACCAAGAAAGCACGGAGCGAUGACGAUGAGAAUUUGCUUCAUAUGGUCGUAGAAGUGCCUCGGUGGACGAACGCUAAAAUGGAGAUUGCCACAGAGGAGCCCCUGAACCCCAUUAAGCAGGACAUGAAGCGUGACAAGCCACGCUACGUGGCCAACGUCUUUCCCCACAAGGGUUACAUCUGGAAUUACGGCGCCCUCCCCCAGACCUGGGAAGACCCUCAUCACAAAGACAAGGACACCGGCUGCUGCGGGGAUAAUGACCCUAUUGAUGUUUGCGAAAUCGGCUCCAAGGUUCUUUCCCGUGGAGAGGUUGUCCCCGUGAAGAUCCUCGGCGUCUUGGCUCUCAUCGAUCAAGGUGAAACAGAUUGGAAACUGAUUGCUAUCAAUGCGAACGAUCCCGAAGCUGACAAGUUUUGCGAUAUCGAUGAUGUCAAGAAGUUCAAGCCGGGUUACCUGGAAGCCACCAUCCAUUGGUUGAGAUUUUAUAAGGUGCCAGAGGGGAAGCCAGAAAACAAGUUUGCUUUCAAUGGAGAAUUCAAAAACAAGGCUUUUGCUCUUGAAGUCAUUACAUCUGCUCAUGAGUGUUGGAAAGCGCUGGUUAUGAAGAAGUGCGACGGAGGAGCUCUAAAUUGCAUGAACGCCCAGGUGUGUGACAGCCCUUUCCGUUGCACACAGGAGGAAGCGAGAUCCGUGGUUGACUCGGUCUCACCAGCUGCACCGGGUAAAGAGAGCAGUGGAGAAGAGCACGUGUGGCACUUCCUGGGCAAAUGACGGGACGCUGGCAGCUCGACAUCCAGAUCCCGCCCUCCGAGACCCCUCUGCUCUUCGGUGCGGGGCGGUGGGCGUUUGCUGACUUGUACUCAGACACUGUUCUCAAGCUUUUGCGUUUCUCAGUUUGUAAAUAAAC